AUGGAAGAACCUUCAGACGAUGGCAUUCGCGAGCUGAUGUACCAGCUGGAAAGCGCUGCCAUUAAGUGCUCCGAACGGUGCCUAUAUCAGUCGUCAAAAUGGGCAGCCGAGAUGCUCGAUUCGCUACGACCUUUGGACCAUGACGACACUGAUCUCGAGUCUCCAAUGGACAUGACAGAUUCGCCUAUCCCGCCUGCCAAUCCUUAUAUCCAGAUCCGUGACCCGGCCGAAUCCGCCCUCGAGAAACAAGAAUCGUACAAAUACUUGCUCGCCAAGUCGUACUUCGAUACCCGUGAAUACGACCGGUGUGCAGCCGUGUUUCUUCCUCCGAGCACGCCCCCAGUUCCUCUAUCAGUUUCUUCGCCGAACUCCAAAUCCAAAACGUCACGCACCUCAAAGAAGGGCAAGGAUGCUGCCUCCCCAUUCCAAGCCUCCAAGAUAUCCAAGCCUCAAACCCAAAAUCCAUACCCCAAACUAAGUCAGAAAUCACUCUUUCUCGCUCUUUAUGCCAAAUACCUGGCCGGAGAAAAGCGCAAGGAUGAAGAGACCGAGAUGGUACUCGGCCCAGCAGAUGGCGGCAUGGCAGUUAAUCGGGAAUUAUCUGGACUUGCACGAGGGUUGGAUGGAUGGCUGUCCGAUCGAACCGCAAAGGGACUAGAUGACCAAGGGCAGGGCUGGCUUGAAUAUCUCUAUGCCGUGGUUUUGCUGAAAGGGAGAAACGAGGAAUUGGCGAAAAAGUGGCUCGUCCGCUCUGUGCACCAAAACCCAUAUCAUUGGGGCGCAUGGCAAGAGUUGAACGACCUCUUGGGUAGCACAGAAGAUUUGAGGCAAAUCUUGGAGCUUUUACCCCAAAACGUGAUGAGCUUGGUGUUCUAUGUCUACUGCAGCCAGGAACUAUACCAGGCGACGGAAGAUACAUAUCGUUCAUUAUCGGAGCUACAAACAAUGUUCCCCGAGAGUGCAUUCCUAAAGACACAGCAUGCACUACUGUUAUAUCACUCCAAAGACUUCGAAGAAGCCUCUCACAUUUUUGAAGACAUCCUAACUACCUCGCCUCAUCGUCUUGACAGUCUUGAUCAUUACUCCAACAUCCUCUAUGUCAUGGACCAUCGACCCCAGCUUGCAUUUGUUGCCCAAGUUGCAACUGCCACUGACAAAUUCCGCCCCGAGACCUGUUGCGUUGUUGGAAAUUACUAUUCGCUGAAAUCAGAACAUGAAAAGGCAGUCAUGUAUUUCCGCCGCGCCCUCACUCUCGACCGAAACUUCUUGUCGGCAUGGACUCUGAUGGGUCAUGAGUACAUUGAAAUGAAAAACACCCAUACUGCCAUCGAGUCAUACCGCCGAGCCGUCGAUGUCAAUCGCAAGGACUACCGUGCUUGGUAUGGUCUCGGACAAGCCUAUGAAGUCCUGGACAUGUCCUUUUACGCAUUGUUUUACUACCAACGAGCUGCAGCACUGCGUCCUUACGAUCCGAAAAUGUGGCAAGCAGUCGGCUCAUGCUAUGCGAAAAUGGGUCGUGUGGAACAGAGUAUCCAGGCUCUCAAGCGUGCCCUGGUUGCCGGUUCACUUCAACCAGAUGAAAGCAGCCAUGGCGGCGCAAGCCCGGGCUCCGUAUCUCGUAAAAUACUCGAUCCAGAAACUCUGCACCAGAUUGCAACCCUACACGAGCGGCUGGGCGACGAAGAAGAGGCCGCCGCAUACAUGGAACUCACUCUUCAACAGGAGUCUGGCGCUCCGGUGAAUGAGAACUCCGACGCAGAGUCUUCGUCUGAUUCUGAGCACUCCAGCCCAAGCGAUGCUGAGAUUGAGCAUUCGGGUGAUGAGGACCCAGAUCGACCACGCCGACACCGUCACAAACGCAAGCCUCGUCGCGCCAAGGAAUCAUUUGCCGCGCAGAAUGAUGACUCUCUUGUCAGCGAGUCAUGGAAUGGCACUGGCGUUACAGCUACUACAUCCAAAGCACGUUUGUGGUUGGCACAGUAUGCGUCACGGAACGGUGAUCUGGACCGUGCUGAUCAGCUGGCUGGCGAGCUUUGCCAAGACGGGAUAGAAGUGGAGGAGGCUAAGGCAUUAAUGAGAGAUGUGCGAGCGAGAAGAGAAGAUGCGGCCUAG